CCAUUAAGUUUAAGUGGCAAGACUUACUGUGUUUAUUGCGUCCACAACGAAGUAAUAAUAAAAAUAGGAUUAAAUUAAUCUAAAUAAUAUUUGAAUAUUUCUAAACGUAAAUAUAAGUGUGUGUUAAAUCAAAGAAAAACAUACACAGAAAAGCUCCAAGUCAUUUUUGUCCAAUACCCAUUCAUUCAAGGGAAAUCGAAGAAGUUGCAAUGGAUAUCAGUGAUAAUACAUACGACAGCCAACAGUCUGGUGGUGGCGGUGGAGGUGGUGUUGGUGGUACACCACAGCAACAACAAAUGCAAUGUGAUUCAGGGGUUACCUUUGGCCCCCAACAGUCAUUUGAUGGCUCACAUGGACCGUUAGGAGGACCGAUACCUUUACCUGCACCACCACAAAACUACGACAAAGGACGCUCUAAUGCCGCUGUGGAUUUCGAUUCAUUACUGCUGCAGCAAUUCAGUUGUUUGGGAACACGGGAUCAUGAGGAUCUCAUUGAACAAUUUCAUAGCCUAAUGAAUAAUCAAAUGAAUAAGGAUGCGGCACGUUUCUUCCUCGAGAUGAGCAACUGGAACCUUCAAACUGCAGUCGGUUGUUAUCUGGAUUUUUGUAAUGGUCAAACUCUACCAUCAAUGAAACUGAUGCAAGAACAACAACCCAAUGUCCAACAAAUGGCCUGGCGUCUGCAAAAUAAUGGCUCACAAACAUGGCCCAAUGGCUGUUACUUAAUGUCUAAUAGUCAAAUACGUCGCCUUGAAAUGCCCCCAUUGCGUCCCGGCGAUACAUGCGAGGUGGUGGCCGACAUCUGUACCCACGAGCCCAUAGUGUGGCGUCUAUGCACACCAUAUGGAGAGUACUUUGGUGAUAGCCUCUGUAUGGUGGCACCCGGAAUGUUUAAUUCUCACGAGGAGUUAAAUCAACGCCUAGCUCAAUUAGCCGUUAACGAACAAAAUCCCGCCCAAUGUCCUCAAGUUAAUAUUGUGAUAUCUGAGAGAAUGGAAUAAAUGCAGCGAAUAUUGGCGUUUGUAUGUGUGUGUGUUUGGCUAAGCGAUACGCAAAAUUAGCUUAGAUUAGUAGAUUUAGAUUUCUUAAUUUUUU